CUUAAAAGGUCGGCGAGAGAGCAGCAGCGGUAGAAAAGUGCGCAUUAGUCAAUCAGGUACCGAGGUGUUCAGUGCUGGAACACCUGCUGCACAACAAGGACGUGACGAUCCUAUCGUCCAGAGAUUCGACGACUUCACUCUCGAGGAGCACUGCAUCGACCGAAUCGAAGUCACCUUCUUGGAAGAAACCAAAGUCCUUUCCGGUGCCACGCUUACAGCCGUUUGGUUUCUUUCAGAUUUGCGUGGAUACGAGGUGCAGGAUGAUUCGGUUGGAGGCAUCCCAAAUACGCCGAAUCUCGUACGUCAACAACUAGGACGCGAAAAUGCUCGUGUGCUGAAAUUACAGAGGUUUGGGAGUUACCAAGAGCUUUUUUUGUUUCGAAAGUUGCAGCUGCGGGUCUUCUUCUCGAGAAAGGAGGACGGGGGGACCUUUGGGGAACAAGGAGGGUUAUGGCAUUGGACUGAAUCUGAUUAUGCGCAAGUGCGCGUGUUCAUUAUUGGGAAUUUUUAGGCUUCAUCUGUACUACACAGGUCUAGCAUGACCUUGUCGACGGAGCUGUUGUAUAUCGAUCGCAUUGCACGUCUACUAAAAGCUCUCUUUCAUAAUUCGUCCCCGUCCCGCAGCCGCAGCACGCCCUCAAAGAGUGUCUUUUGCACUUUCCUGAGCUAGCACGCGCUCGUGGGCCUUUCUCGCACAGUGUGUCUUUGUUGCCGGCUUCGCGGUAUCGGGAUCUUGUUGAUGCUGAACAAGGCUUCUGUAAACAGAAACUGGCAGUCCACGAGCUCUUCGAUGUCAAGAAAAACAGUAAGGAGCGUGCAGAGCGUGCGGCUUUGCGUGCUUUGCUAAAGCACGGAAGCAAAGAGGCAUCGAGAAGUAGCAAGGAAAAAGCUUUACUGGGAAGUGUUAUGACAAAGAGAUAACAACUUCUCUUUGAUUUAUUAGGUUCUUCAAUCUUUCAGUCUCGGUGUAGAGCAUGUGCAGGUUAAGCAGUGUAAUGUGAAACUAGCUAAGACACUGCAGUUAGGAGAGCACUAUUGUUCAUUCAUCUUAAAGCACAUUCUAUUUCUAACAUUCGCAACAAGGAACGUGGCGGGAGUAAAGAACAACCUUCAAUGGUUGGCACUCCUGUUGUACCAGAAACGACAACGGUAGACGCAAACAAGGGAUCGCUAACUUUGGUUGAGAAGGAGAUUCCUUCUCUAGACAACAGCACUUUCUUUGAUGCAGUUUUUCCAGCGGAGGAAAUUUUAUUUGACGUUGCUUUAGGCCACGUUGUUGGGCGUGGGGCGAAGACAUCCACAAAUGACGCUGUAGUUGGUAAAACAUCUUCGUUAGUAGUGCCUCCUCGCAGGGCAGCCGGUCAACCUGCUCCUCCAAUUGCUUCGGCUGAAGAAAGUGGUGGUAACUUCGCUACUAUUGUGAUCGUAAUUCCCAACGAAGAGGAGAUUGUGCGACCAGCGUCUGCAACGUAUGUACGGAAUUUGCUGCGUGAGAGUAGUCCUUCCCGAAGUCCAGGGCGAAAUAGAACUCGGAGCAGUCCUGUUCGCAGUCCCUUGAUGUCGCCGAAGCGUGUGCGGAGUCCGAGACGAGGAGAGGGAGGCAUCAAUGGGGUAGGUGGG